CACGCACAUUGACAUCCUUUCCAUUUCUUCUCUCACCCACUCUGCCUCUCUUUCUCCCUCUCUCCUCUCUCUCCCUCUUUCCCUCAGAUGCGCCACACACACACACACACGCAUACACACAUGCAAAGGCAGACCCCCCUCUCACACAGGAGUAGAUCGAGAGCAGUGAAGAGCAGAAGGAGCAGGGUGGCAGGAGUGAGGCAGGAGAGCUGUUGUUGAUUGAACAAAGCCAGGAAAGGAGUGCGCAGUCCUGGAGAGAACGGCAGCUGUGAAAUGCCUCGAAGGGAGCCUGCCAGCAACUCCUGCGGAGACCUGAAGCCCCGCCCCAACCGGCUCAUCUUCUGUCGUCUUCCCCUGCUCCCCUGUCCUCUACAGUAAGGUGUUGAGCUUCAGCUGAGGAUGUCAGGAGGUUCUCGAGUCCUCAUGGACCACAACAUGGAGAUAGGAGUAACACCUGCGCAGGUGAAGAAGCUCCCUAAACACAUGCGGGAUGCUCAGAUCUCUACAGAGAGAACACAUUUGAUUUCUGACCCUGCUAGGAAGCCACGUCAGCGAUACGUGCAGAAGGAUGGCAAAUGCAACGUUCAUCACGGAAAUGUGCAAGAGACCUACCGAUACCUUAGUGACUUGUUCACUACACUGGUGGACCUACGCUGGCGUCUUAGUCUCUUCAUUUUCACCUUGGUUUAUAUAGUCAACUGGCUUUUCUUUGGCUUUCUAUGGUGGCUGAUAGCGCUUAUUCGAGGGGAUCUGGUGCAUGGUGAUGAGGACGACUGGACCCCCUGUGUGGAAAACCUCAACAGUUUUGUCUCAGCCUUCCUCUUCUCCAUUGAAACAGAGACCACCAUUGGGUAUGGUUAUCGUGUAAUCACAGAAAAAUGCCCUGAGGGUAUCAUACUGCUUUUGGUGCAGGCCAUCUUGGGUUCUAUUGUUAACGCCAUGAUGGUGGGCUGCAUGUUUGUCAAGAUUUCACAGCCAAAGAACCGCGCCGAGACCCUCAUGUUCUCGCACAAAGCUGUCAUAUCGGUGCGUGACAAUAAGAUGUGCCUGAUGUUUCGGGUGGGGGACUUGAGGAACUCUCACAUCGUGGAGGCAUCGAUCAGAGCGAAGCUGAUCCGCUCGCAGCAGACCAAGGAGGGGGAGUUCAUCCCGCUCAACCAGACUGACAUCAACAUUGGAUUUGACACGGGAGACGACCGGCUGUUCCUGGUGUCGCCUCUUAUCAUCUCUCACGAGAUCAACGAGAAGAGCCCUUUCUGGGAGAUGACACUGGCACAAAUGGAAAAGGAGGAGUUUGAGAUCGUCGUUAUCCUUGAGGGCAUGGUGGAGGCCACAGGGAUGACAUGUCAGGCACGAAGUUCCUACCUGGACACAGAGGUACUUUGGGGCUACCGCUUCACACCGGUGCUCUCCCUGGAGAAGGGCUUCUACGAAGUAGACUACAACAACUUCCACGAAAUCUACGAGACCAACACCCCCACCUGCAGCGCUAAGGAGCUAGCUGCUAAGCUUCGGGAGGGGCCACUAUUGCCUCAGCUCACGCUCUUCAGCCCUGAGCCCAAAAUGCAUACUUUUGACACCCUGGACAGCAUGUCCGAAGGGGACCCACUCAGCCCGGAUGAGGAAAAAGAGGAGAGAGAUUCAGGGGGUGACAAAGGAGAGACUAAUGGCUCAGCUGCUGCUUUGGAGGAUCUGCCACUUGCUGAUGGACUGCCUGACUGAUGUGACAGUGCGGCCAAAUCAGCGAAAAAAUCCAAGAGAGACUGGGCAAGAGGACAGGACAAUAUAAUGCUUUAUUUAGUCAAUGGCCAGCUUGUUCCUUUGCAAUGCUUGGAGAUACAAGACAUCCAGCCCCCGACUCAUGCAAUACUCCUCUACUAGAGUGUCAAUCUAUAGUAUAGAUUGGUUUUGUAGACACGUAAGUACAUACACAGACACACACACGUGCAGUAUCUAUAUCUACACUUAAAAGAUUGGUGGCUCAGAUUGUCUUUUUAUAAUCGUAACGACCACUUACUGCUCUAACAGCUCAAGUUGUAUAAUGUGAACUUGAGUUGAAACUGGUAGCCAUGACAGAGUACCAUGGGCUUAUUAUGGAUACUCGAUUAUUCUCAUUUUAGAGUGUGUUGAUUCAGCUUCAUUUGAACAAAGCAUCAGCCUCAUAACUCAGCUAAUGUGUCCGACAGUCCGCUUCUGAGUGACAAUGGAACCUUGUUAUUGACACUUUUUAAAAUAUGGAAUAUUAUUAUUUCCUUUCUCUGUCAGUGUUGUUAUUAUUCUGUGUCAGUUACCCAAUUCACCCAGGGAAGAAAUGUAUGAGGCUCCUAGUUGCAUUUGCAUAAGAAAACAUAGGAAAUUGUUCUAUAAAAGGCAAUGUGCACUGGCAACCACUA